CUGUCAAAAAUCAUACCGGUGAAUUUUAAAAUAUUUUGACAAUUUUAAAAUGGCGCAAAAAUUUUAUUUCUUUACAAUCUAUUAGAAUAAUAGACACGUGCAAUAACCAUGCCCACAAAACUAAGUUAUUCUGCAAUUAAUAAAAGGUUCGACUUUGCUGUUCCUUUAGAGGAUAUUUUUCCCGAUGUUGAUAUUCACCCAAGACUGCAGUAUAUUUUUGAACAAGCUUAUGGAAACUAUUUAGAAAGUCACCAACAUAUAGAAGAAGUUUUGAAAGAACCAUCUUUAAACGAAUGUUUACAAUUAAAACAGUAUGUCACUUUUGGAAAGCACUUGGGAAUAGAAAAUACUCAAUGGCACUCAGCUGGUUCCUAUUUUUGGUUAAUUCGUCACUUCCUAGGACAACUACCAUUACCUUUGCUGCCAUCAGUGACUAGUAGACAUAAGUACCAAUGGAAUGAGUUAUCAAUAAAAUGCAGAAGACUGUUACAGGCAGAUUGCAGAACAGAUGCUGAUUAUCGAUGUUUGUCAUAUAAUGUUACAAAAUGUUUGAAUCGUUUGCCUCUUCAACACAAAGUGUUACUCAAUACCUUGAUUAUGUUUAUAAGAGAAGUUUCUAAGAAAAGAAACUGUAAGAUGACAAUGAAAUGUCUGGCCAGAUACUAUUGUGAAGCUAUAUUCUCUAGACCAUUUAGACCAGGACAUAAUGAUAAGCAUGAAACAAUGCUUCCUCUUCUGAUAUUCAUGAUAACAAAGUGGCAUCACUUAUCUUUAAGAAUUGAGUUUGUGCCCUUCUACCAAAUUCAUAAGAAGUGUUUUGCCAAUAGCUGCUCUCAAACAAACUGGUUAACACAAAACUAUCAACUGAUAAAGCAUCUGAAAGAUGUAGACUGUCAAACGACUGUUGCUAUUCGUGCAACCAAUGAUUGCUCAACAGAUGAUAAUAAUAAUAGUCUACCACAAAUUAAUAUAAAUAUCUCAACCGAUAAUCUUCCAGAUAAUACCAGCAACAGUGAAGUCCCUUCUGGUAAAAAUAGCGACAUCCCCUUAAAGCCACACAGAACUUUUGUUAACAGCUUGAUGGAUAUAAAAGAAGAAGAUAUAGAGUGUGAAAGGUGUAAACAGUUUGAUAAUAUGUGUAGCAGCACUCUUCAAAAUGAACAAGAAGUUGCGUGGGACGAUGUUGUUAAAGAAAUUAGGUAUACCAUUCAGAAAGUGGAGAUGUAUGAUUAUGAAAGUGGAGCAAAUGAUCUAGAAGGAGGUACCUCAGGCACAUUUGACUCAACCUUUGAAUCUGACUCAACAUUUGAAUCUAUGAGAAACACUAGUCAAAAAACCGUUGGAAACAAAAGUAUUAACAAUAUUAAUGAUAGUGUGUACAAAACACCGCAAGGACAGCUACAGAAUACAUCUUUGUAUUACAGUUUUUGCCAAUCUGAAGAUGAACUUUACAGUAGAAAUGGAAGAGAAACUAAUAAUGAAGAUUAUUGUGAUAAUAUACGUAAUGAUGCUUUAAGCUGGGAAAAUGACCAGAAUGCUUCUGGUUUUAGUUCAAAGAUGAAGUUGAACAUCUUAAGAAUACUCCAUCCAAAGUUAAUUGAAGCAAAAGAAAGUUUAAAAAAAUUUUCUACUAAUUAUGUAAAAUAUAAGCCAUUGAAAUUUUAAAAUAUUUUAGGCUGUUAUUUAUUUUAUGUUAUAAUUAUACCUUUUAUUUAAAUAAGAAUGUAUUUGUUAUUCAGAAGCAAGAUGUAUUUUUUUCAGCUGAAAAUGUCUAGUUUAUUUUGUUUUGUAAAAUAAGUUUAUUUUUGAGAUUAUUUAAAAAUUAGCAUAGUAAAUUUUU